AUGGCGUUCUCUUACGUUUACCAAGUCUCGCAUUCUAUUGCGAUGGUGUCUCUGUGUGGCAUCAGCUUAAAUCUUUACAUCCUCGUCACAAGACCAUUGCGAUAUUACACGCUGGUAACAAGAAGGCGGUUUGGUUUUACAGUCACACUCGCAACUCUGAUGAUCGCUUUAUCUAGUGGUAUCUACCUACCUAUUCCAAACAGUACAUUCAUGAAUCUCAUGAUAGAUCGUUGCCUUAAUAAAGAUCUGAGUGCAAAAUCUAAUUGGGUGUCUGCAGUGCACACAUUUUAUCAGACAUUUCUUCCUUGUGCAACACUAGUCUUUACUUCAUUUAUCAACAUCAAGUUAUUGCUUAUAGUUCGUCAGAAAACAAAAGCAGUGGCCAAUUUCGAGACAAAAAACCGCAUUGAUAACACUGAAGCAAAGACGAAUUACGAUCAGUGUCAUGCCAAAGCGCAGAAUGGACCCCUCGGUCAAGUCAGAGGAUUUCUGGACCGCAGACAUUCAAGAUGGCGAAUGAAAGGAUACGUUACUGUAACCCUCAUGUCUGUCUCCUUCUGCACGUUAUGGUCACCCCAUGUCAUCUAUUAUGUAACCAAAGUUGAUCAGUCGGCCGUGGAUAUUCUGGACAAAAUCUCCAUCAGCAGUACCUGGGUACUUCCUGUACUCUACAUUCUUACAAACGCCGAGGCUCGGAGACUCUUCUGGAAGUGGUUACGAUGCAACCGGUGA